AUGGUUAAUAAUAAUAAAAGAAAAGAAAUUGAAAAUCAAGAAAAUGAUAAUGAUGAUGAUAAUGAUGGUUUAUUAACAUACAAAAAGUUUAAAGAUGUUGAUUAUGAUUCAAUAAGAAGCAAAGAAUUACAAACAAUUGCAAAAUCAUUAGGUUUACCAAAUAAUGGGAAAAAACAAGAAGUUUAUAAAAGAAUUGAAGGUUAUUUUUUAUCAAAAAAAGUUAAAAAUGAUUUAACAAAUAGUACAACCAAUCAACCUCCACAACUUCAACAAAAACAACCUCAACAAAAACAAUAUGUAUUACUAAUUAAAGAUGUUGAUCAACUUGAAAUUUAUUUUUGGAAAGCUUUUAGAAAUAUGAUCAUUUUUAAAAAUAUAUUUUCAAAUUUUAAAAGUAAACAAUUUGGUUAUCAUGAUUUAAUUGGUAUAAAUGAAAACUUUUUAAAAAGUUAUAGUAAUUCAUUAGAAAUAAUAAAAGAUAAUAUUAAAGGAAAUAUUAAUCAUCAAAUAAUCAGAAGUGUAAAUGAUAUUGUAAAUAUUAUUAAAACAUUAAAAAAAAAAGAUAAUGAAACAAUUUCAUUUUAUACUACAUUAUUUUCAACAUUCUCUUCAUCAUCAUCAACAACAACAACAAUGCAAUCAACAAAAUCGUUGAUUUUCCAAUUUGAUGAAAAUAUUGAUCUAUGGAUUCAAAGAAUGAUUUUAAAUGAAAAUUUAGUAGCAUUAGAUCAAUUUAUUAAAUUUUUUAAAAUAAAUUCAGAUGUUUUAAAAAAAAGUAUAGAAAUGCAUAUUAAUCCAUCAUUCUUUAAUGUAUUUUCAUAUAAUAAUUUAAAAAUUUACAAUUAUUUAAAAUCAAUUAAUGCUAUUCCAACAUCACAUAUUAAACAACGAUUUUCUAAUAUUGAUUUAUCAGAAAGUCUAUCAUUUGAUUAUAAAUUUAAAAGACUUAUAAAAUCAUAUAAAUUAUUAGUCGAUCCUACAAAAUUUAAAGAAAUACGAGAAAUACAUCAACAACAACAACAACAACAACAACAACAACAACAACAACAACAACAACAACAACAAGAACAACAAAAACAACAAGAACAAAAACAACAACAACAAGAACAAGAACAACAACAACAACAACAACAACAACAACAACAACAACAACAACAACAACAAGAACAACAACAACAACAAGAACAACAACAACAAGAACAACAACAAGAACAAGAACAACAACAACAACAACAACAAGAAGAACAACAACAAGAACAACAACAACAACAACAACAACAACAACAACAACAAGAACAACAAGAACAAGAACAACAACAACAACAACAACAACAACAACAACAACAACAACAACAACAACAACAACAACAACAACAACAACAACAACAACAACAACAACAACAACAACAGCAACAACAACAACAACAACAACAACAACAACAACAACAACAACAACAACAACAACAACAACAACAACAACAACAACGAGAGGGACGACAACUACAAAUAUUGGAUUAUAUUGAAAAAUUAGAUCAAUUAAUAUUAGAAUUAAAUGAAAUUCAAUUCUCUCAUUUUACUGAUGAUCAAUUAAAUUCGACAAUUAAAAAUCUAUUGAAUCAAACAAAAACCACUACCACCACUCCAAUAUUAAUAACAAACAAUAAUAAUUGCAGUGAUUUAAAAGAUAUUAUUAAAAAAUAUUAUAAAUCAAUUUAUUUAUUUUUAAAAAUUAUUGAAGAAGGAAAACAUGAUAGAAAUUUAAUGAGACCAUUUCAUUAUUAUUUAUAUUUUAAAAAAAAAAUGAAUGUUAGUCAAUUAUAUGAAAUAUUUUGUGGAUUUUUUAUUAAGAAAUAUGAUGAUUGUUUAAUAUUUUUUAAAAGUAUUUUAAUUGAUCAACAACUUGAAAGAAAUCAAAGAUUAGAAUUAGUAUCAAAAAUUUUAGAUAUUGAAAAUGGAGUCUCAUUUCAAAAUAUUGGAUCUAAUUUUAAUUUUACAAGUUUUAAUUCAUUUUGUAGAGUUGUAUUUUCAACUAACGAUACAGAAUUAAUUGACCAUCUAAUUAAAACAAUAAAAAAGUUACAACUUGCUCAAAACUCAAAAACACAAUUUCCAAGUAUCUCUUAUAUUAUAUCAAUCAAUUUUCAAUAUAUUAAUAAAAAUGAAAUUGUCGACUUUUUUUUUGAAAAUUAUAGAAAUGAAACUACUUUAUUUGAUGAUCAAAAUCAAAAUUGGAAUAAUAAUCAUGUUAAUAUUAUUGAUCAUAUUGAAAAAAUAAUGGAAAGUAUUGGUAAAAAGUUACAAUUAUAUUUUGUAAAAUAUAGUAAUUGGUUCACAAAUGGAAAUAAAAAUAAUGAAAAAAAAUAUAAUGUAAAUAUAUUAUUGGAUCAAUUAAAAAGAGCAAUUUCAAAACCUUUAUUAUAUUCAUUUUUUUUUGAUUCUGGUUAUUAUUGUAAUACCACUUUGUUAAAUAUAUUUGGUUGGUCUUUAGAAAAUGGUAAUGAAGUUGUGAUCAAUUUCUUUUUACCAAAUGAAAUAUUUAAACAACCAUUUAGAUUUUCUGAUAUUAUAUAUGGUGCUCCAUCACCAAAUAAAAUUCCAAACCUUAUCAAAUUAAUUUUUAAUAAUAUUUCAAAAGAAUCAAUUGAACCAAAGUUAUAUCAAGUUAAAGGUAAUUUCAAUAUUCCACAUUUAUAUUAUGGUAGAGAUGAUUUUAUUCCACUCACCUCAACAAUAUCAACAACAAAUAGUGAAGAAGUUGGACAAUUUAUUAUUGGUGAAACAAAAUCAUUUGAUUUUAUAAUUUCACCCAGAAUGUUAUUUAUUUGUCUUUAUUAUUUAGAUAGGUUUGAGGAUAUUUUUUAUCUUUUUGAUAAAAUACCUGAAAUUUUUAGUUCAACAUAUUUCCCAAAUUUUACUAAAGAAUCUUAUUUAUAUAAUAUAUGUUCAAGUUAUUAUCUUGAAUUACUUAUUAAUUAUUUUAUUGAAAAUUUAAAUGAUAAUACAAUCAAUCAUCUUUAUAAUUGUCUUUGUGUAGCUUCUGGAAAAGGAUUCACCCAAAUUUUCAAAAACAUUCUAUCAUCUAAUAAAAAUAGUCAAUCUUUAUUAAAAGUGAGAACAAAAACAAAUCAAUCAUCAUUAUUUCAAUUGAAUUUUUUAUGUGGUAUGGUUUUAAAAUCAAUAGAUUCUUCAAAUUUUCAAUUGUCAAAUUUACUAAUUGAUUCUAUUGAUUUUCCACCAAAAAAUAAAAGAGUUUUAAAUCAAAAAUAUUUAGUUCAUCUAAUAAUAAAUAAAUAA